CGCUACCAGCUCUCCCGCGCGGGAUGAUGCUUCUGGCGCUAGGCGGGAAGAGGACGGUGCCGUGGGCGGUCGCCGCGCUCCGAGGCCCCAGGGCCGCCUGCUCGCGUGCGGCCUCCUGCGGGGGCCCCGCUGGGCCGCCGGGCAGCGGAAGCGCGGGGUGGUGGAGAGUCGCGCCGCUUCUCUCGCGUCGCGCGCGGUCGCAGAUACCUGUUUCUUGGGAAAGAUGUGUUCAAUGCGUACAUACACAACUUGAGAAAUCAGAAGAUGGAAGGCUAAUUUACACUGGGAAUCUGGCCCGAACAGUAUUUGGUGUGAAAUGUUUCUCUUACUCUACCAGUUUGAUCAGCCUUGCAUUUCUACCAUACAUCUUUGCACAAAAUAAUAUUAUAUUUGGAAGUCUGCCUUUGCAAAUCUUAUUCUAUGGCAUCAUAGGAAGCUUUACGGUGAUUACUCCAGCACUGCUCCACUUUGUUACAAAAGGCUAUGUUAUUCGGCUGUACCAUGAGGCCACAACGGACACUUACAAAGCCAUUACUUAUAAUAUUGUGCUUUCAGAAACGAGUACUGUGUUUCACCAGAAUGAUGUGAAGAUUCCAGACAGCACACAUGUGUUUACCACAUUUUAUGCUAAAACAAAAUCACUAUUAGUUAACCCAGUGCUCUUUCCAAACCCUGAAGACUAUAACCAUUUAAUGGGUUAUGACAAACCAUUUACCUUUGAUAUGGAAGAAUCUAGUGAAAACAAACAGUCUAAAGAUGAGAAAUGAGUCUAUUUUUAUGUUUGUGCUUAAAUGUGAUUUAUGUUCCAAUGUAUAAUAAAGUUGCCUUUCCCUUUGUUUUCUGAUAGUGACUGAUUGUUAAAAAUGAUUUGAAAUUGUAUAAAAUAGAGCUUUCAAUUCUCAGAGAAGUAUAUACCUUUAAAACAAGUUAUAUUUGAAAAACAAAGGUGAGGGCCUCCCAGGUGGCGCAGCGGCUGAGCCCUGGGUUGCGAAGCUGCCCGCAGCCUCUGCAGUGCCGGUUUGAUUCCCGGCUACUGGCGCUGGUCCCACAUGGCGCGCAGACCUCUUCUGCUGCCCACCGCUCCCCUCAGCAGUAUACUUCGGUCCUUCUGCCUGUUCUGCUCCCGGCUCUGGCUCUGGUGAAUUCUCUCACCCUCCCCCGCUUCUGACUGUACCCAGUGCUUAUAUAAAUAAAUAAAUCUUUAAAAAAAAAUUUAAAAAGAAAAAGAAAAACAAGGUGAAUGGUCUACCAUUUGUGUUUAGAAAAGUAUAAAUGUACAUGAACAUACUGACUGCCAUAGAUAAUUUUAUAUAAUAAAAUGCCUCAGCUUGGCAUCAAAUGUUAGAAGCGAAUAGGAAUGUUAUUUUUCUAAGUAGGUAGAUAUUAACCCGGAUUAAAAACUUUUUAAGAACUUAAAAAUUAUGGGAAAUAGUGUUAUUCUAUCAGCUCUGGCAUGGUUGCCUAUGAAAAGGAUCUCCAUGUACAAUCCAAUGUGUUAAUCUAUAGGGUAAAUAGUGACCUAAGUACUAGUGUCUUCAGUGACCCCUCCGUAGGGACAAAUGGUGCUAACCUACCUUGGUGCGCACAAUCAGAUUAGGAAAAUCAUAUUACUAAAUGGAUGGACAGUAGCUUUGAUAAAACAGCAAUCUAAUUUUAUCAAGUAUAGGCAUUUUGAGAUUUUUAUCUCCAAUUAUAAAAUGACGUCUCUUGUGAAGAUCUCAAAUUGUGCUAUUUAGAUCAGUAGAUACUUAAAAGUACUAUUAUGUACAAGAUCCUGUGCUAUAGUUUCCAGAGACAUAAUUAGGAACAAAGCUCCCAGCUUAUAGGAAACUGCUUUACAUCUACUGCCUUCCACAAUGAUUAAUCGUUAUGGCUUGCUUGUGUAUGAGGGAGUUUUAUGGGGAAAUAGCAGGGACAUCACUAAUUCAUAGGGAAAGAUCAUAUCUAAAGCUGCUAGAAGCUUUUAGGAGAUAGCUUAAUGUAGAAAAGUUCAUUUUUCUAGACCUGCCUGCUUAUAAUCCUAGUAUGGCAUCAAUAUGGGUCUCAGAGAUGACCAAAUUAAUGCCACCUUUGUCCUCAGGCUGUGUCUGCCUGCUUGCUCCUCUGUCCUGUCACCUAGCUAGAUACUUGUUGCUCUCCUAACAAUGUGGUAUCUUCCUAUAGAAAGUUACUCCAUGACCAAAUGAUUAUCAAGUAUUAGAAACAAAAACAUCACUCCUAGUUCCACUCCUAGAAAAAAACAGCAUUAACAUUUUAAAGUUUUUUUCCCCAAGGGCCACUUUUCUUAUAUUUUGAGUAUAUCUUAUCUAUUUCUUUUUUCUUUCUUUCUUUUUUUUGGUUUACAACACUGAUGAAGAGGUAUAAGGUCAUGAGUAUGUUCUCACCCACCACCAAGGAACCCAUAGUUCAAACUCUUUCUGUUACAGGGCAGGGAGAGGGGCAGCCCAAACCCCGCAAACCUGCCUGUUUUAAAUGGGUUUAGCCAUCCGCUGCAUCAACACAAUUCAUAUGAGACUUUAAUGGGAAGGAACUUUAAUGCAACUAGGAAACAAUGCAGGAAAGGCAAAGAAUCUAGUUUCUAAAUCAAGCAUCCAAAGUUACCCGUCCCCUCGUGGGUAAAAGUCCACCCAAGCAGAAUUGGCCCAGAGCAAGGCCUCGAAGCCUGCCACAGGUCUGAAGCAUCUUCCAGUAGGGACCCACAGAAAAGGGUCAGAAACAACCAGACAAGCCCAGAAGGAAAAGAGCAAAAUCAAAAUCAAUAUAAAAACCGCCAUUGUCACCUCCCCAUGGGUCUCUCACCCACAUCUGUGUCACCCAGUCCAUGACCAAAAAGGAAGCACAGUUUCUCUAGGCCCCAUGUGCCUCCUCCAGGUCUCCUGGAUCUCCAUCCUGCUUUCUUCCUUCCUCAGUCUCCUCUGCAGCUUCUUCUCUCCCUGCUCAGCUCCACCCUCCAUUUGGGUGGGACAGGAAACCUGGAACCUCCCCCUUUCCUGGGGACCUGUUACAUUUUAUUAAAUAUGUUGUAUCUGUGUAACCAUUUUGUUAGCUGUAGUGAUGUGAAAAGCCCAUUUUUGUUAACUUCAAAAUAACUUUAGAAGAGGGCCUCCCUG